UACCUCCAUCCCACCUCCGGAAAGGUACAUCUCGCCAAGUACCGGUUAUGAAUCAACGGAGGUACUCCAGCUAGUACAUUCAUCGUGUAAACUUAAAAUGACUCCUAGUUUUCUUGAUAUUAAAUUUAAUGAAAACACCAUCUUUCUCCUCAUACGAGACUGAAGUGUCUGUAAUGACGACUUCUCAUAUGUUCCGUUCUUGAAGCUUAUCAUGCGCAGGUUCCUCUCCACCAUGACCCAAGCACGUCCGAAGCGGUUUGCGCCACUUAAGGGAGCAACAGCGGAACACCACGACUGGCCUAAAUUAAAAGGAGUGAUAUUCGAUGUAGAUGGAACUCUUUGCCAACCCCAAAACCACAUGUUCGCACAAAUGCGCUCCGUCCUGCAAAUCCCCAAGAGCGUCGACAUCCUCGAGCACAUCUACUCGCUACCCACAGCCUCCGAGCAAGAAUCCGCCAUGGAGUCCAUCCGCGCGAUCGAGCGCGUGUCCAUGGCGCAGCAGGUCGCGCAGCCGGGUCUCGCCGAGCUGAUGGCGUACCUCGACCGGCACCGCGUGCCCAAGGGCAUCUGCACGCGCAACUUCGAGCAGCCCGUCACCCACCUCCUGACCAAGUUCCUGGCCGGAAGCGUCUUCCACCCGGUAGUGACUCGGGACUUCCGGCCCCCGAAGCCGGACCCGGCGGGCUUGCUGUUCAUAGCCCGGAGCUGGGGGCUCACGAGGCGGAUCGAGGGGGAGAAGGAUGAGAGUGCCGUAAAGGAGGUUGUGCGUGAAAGUGCGCGGAGCGGCGAGGGCGAGAAAGAGGGUGCGGUGGGGAGUGGCGAGGUUGGUGAUGCGUCGGGGCUGAUUAUGGUCGGCGAUUCGAUCGACGACAUGACGGCUGGGCGGCGUGCAGGCGCGGCCACCGUGCUGCUCGUCAACGACGCGAAUCGCCACUUAGCCGAACACGAGCACACGGACCUAGUGAUCGAGCGGCUAGACGAGUUGAUGCACGUGUUAGAGCAUGGUUUCGUAGGGAGUUACCUUGAUGACUUCACAAGUAUAAAAACAAAAUACUUAUCCCAAGAAUAAAAGGGGGAGUAGGUUAUAUAAUUAUAGUCUUAAAUGCGGUACCACUGCUGUAUCAUCACACCUAGAGGACAUUGAAGGAUAUAGAACAUAACAUAAGCAUCUUGAAAGCUUA